GAAAGGCCUUUGACAUCACGUACGUGCGGCUCAAGUUCCACACCAGCAGGCCAGAGAGCUUUGCCAUCUACAAGCGCACGAGGGAGGAUGGCCCGUGGGUGCCCUACCAGUACUACAGUGGCUCCUGUGAGAGCACCUACCACAAAGUCAAUCGUGGCUUCAUUCGGACUGGGGAGGAUGAGCAGCAGGCACUCUGUACCGAUGAGUUCAGUGACAUCUCCCCUCUCACCGGGGGCAACGUGGCCUUCUCAACGCUGGAAGGGCGUCCCAGCGCCUAUAACUUCGACAACAGCCCUGUGCUACAGGAAUGGGUGACAGCUACAGACAUCAGAGUGACCCUCAAUCGGCUGAACACGUUCGGAGAUGAAGUUUUCAAUGACCCAAAAGUUCUCAAGUCUUACUACUAUGCAAUUUCUGAUUUUGCUGUGGGUGGUAGGUGCAAAUGCAACGGGCACGCGAGUGAGUGCGUGAAGAACGAGCUUGGCAAGCUGGUCUGCAACUGCAAGCACAACACCUUUGGGGUGGACUGUGAGAAGUGCCUUCCUUUCUUCAAUGACCGUCCGUGGAGGAGAGCCACAGCGGAGAGUGCCAACGAGUGCUUGCCUUGUGACUGCAAUGGGAGGUCUCAGGAGUGCUACUUCGACCCCGAGCUGUAUCGCUCCACGGGCCACGGGGGCCACUGCACAGGCUGCUCGGACAACACGGACGGAGCUCACUGCGAGCGCUGCAGGGACAGCUUCUACCGCCAGCGCCCCGAGGAGAGCUGUCUGCCCUGCAGCUGCAACCCUGUCGGCUCCCUCAGCACUCAGUGUGACAGCUAUGGCCAGUGCAGCUGCAAACCUGGUGUGAUGGGUGACAAGUGUGACCGGUGCCAGCCAGGCUUCCACUCCCUCUCCGAAGCUGGGUGCAGGCCCUGCUCUUGUAACGCAGCUGGCAGCACAGGGGAGUGCAAUGUGGAGACAGGACGGUGUGCAUGCAAGGACAAUGUUGAAGGAUUCCACUGUGAGAGAUGCAAACCUGGGUUUUUCCAUCUGGAUUCCUCCAACCCAAGGGGCUGUACUCCCUGUUUCUGUUUUGGACACUCUUCAGUCUGCACCAACGCCGUGGGCUACAGUACCUACAGCAUCACUUCCAACUUCCAGUUUGGAGAGGACGAGUGGCGUGCUGAGCAGCGCGAUGGCUCCGCAGUCUCGCUCCAGUGGAGUGCAGAGACCCAGGAUAUCUCUGUUAUCUCGGACACCUACUUCCCCAUGUACUUUGUUGCACCACGCAAGUUCUUGGGCAACCAGGUUUUGAGUUAUGGGCAAAACCUGACCUUCUCCUUCCGUGUGGACAGACGGGACACACGCCUCUCUGCAGAGGACCUGGUGCUGGAAGGGGCUGGGCUGAGAGUGUCAGUGCCACUCAUUGCCCAGGGCAACUCCUACCCCAGUGAGACUGCCCAGACCUACACCUUCAGGCUCCACGAGGCCACAGAUUACCCAUGGAGACCUGCUCUUACAGCAUUUGAGUUCCAGAAGCUUCUCCACAACUUGACGUCCAUCAAGAUCCGUGGGACAUACAGCGAGAGAAGUGCUGGUCACCUGGACGAUGUCACCAUCACAAGUGCCCGUCCUGGACCUGGCGUGCCUGUGGCCUGGGUGGAGAGCUGCUCCUGUCCUGUGGGCUAUGAGGGGCAGUUCUGUGAGAGCUGCACCCCUGGGUACCGGCGAGAGACCCCGAGCCUCGGGCCCUACAGCCCCUGCGUGCCCUGCGCCUGCAACGGGCACAGCGAGACCUGCGACCCCGAGACGGGCGUGUGCAACUGCAGGGAUAACACGGCAGGGUCUCACUGCGAGAAGUGCAGCGAUGGCUAUUACGGCGAUCCCACGGCUGGCACGGCCUCGGACUGCCAGCCCUGCCCCUGCCCAGGGGGCUCCAGCUGUGCCAUCGUGCCCCGCACCAAGGAGGUGGUGUGCACCAGCUGCCAGGCUGGCACUACAGGCAAGAGGUGUGAGCUGUGUGACGAUGCCUAUUUCGGAGACCCCCUGGGUGAAAACGGCGCCGUGAGGCCUUGUCGGCUGUGCCAGUGCAACGACAACGUGGAGCCCAACGCGGUGGGGAACUGCGACCGGCAGACCGGGGAGUGCCUCAAGUGCAUCCACAACACGGCCGGGUUCUACUGCGACCGCUGCAAGGACGGCUUCUUCGGGAACCCCCUGGCGCCCGACCCCGCUCACAAGUGCAGGGCUUGUGCCUGCAACUCAGUUGGUGCUGAGCCCCUGAAGUGCAGGAGCGAUGGGAGCUGCAUCUGCAAGCCUGGCUUUGAGGGUCCCAACUGUGAGGAGAGCGCGUGCCCAGCUUGCUACAGCCAGGUGAAAGACCAGGUGGACCUGUACCUGCGGCAGCUGGCAGAGCUGGAGAUGCUCUUCUCAGAGGUGCAAGCUGGUGGAGGGGGUGAGAGCCAGGAGCUGGAGGGCAGGAUGCAGGUGGCUGAGGAGAUGCUUCGGACCAUCCUCAGGGAAGCCCUGAGCCUGCAAGCCUCUGACAGGUCUCUGGAGAGCCACGUGGCCAGGAUGAAGGGGCAAGGGUCCAGCUCCCAGAACCGUUUGGAUGAGCUCAGGGCAGCA